CGCCCCCGCCAGGCGUGCGUGUCGUGUGUGUUUGGGUCCCGCGCGGGUCCAGCGCCCUCCGCCUGGCGCCUCUUGCCCCAGGCCCGGCUGCUACCCCUGCGCCCGUCGUCCCGCCGGGCGUCGCGGGCCAACAUGGGCCAGGAAGAGGAGCUGCUGAGGAUCGCCAAAAAGCUGGAGAAGAUGGUGGCCAGGAAGAACAUGGAAGGGGCUCUGGACCUGCUGAAGAAGCUGCACAGCUCUCAGAUGACCAUCCAGCUGCUACAGACAACCAGGAUUGGAGUUGCCGUCAAUGGGGUCCGGAAGCACUGCUCAGACAAGGAGGCGGUGUCCUUGGCCAAAGUCCUCAUCAAAAACUGGAAGCGGCUGCUGGACUCCCCGGAACCCCUCAAAGGAGAAAAAGGAAAAGAAAGAGAAAAAGGAAAGAAGGAAAAGGGGCAUCACUGUUCAGAUUGGAAGUCAGAAGGAGACCUUUCUCCACCAAGGAAAAAACGAGAAGAGCCCCAAAACAGGAGAGACUCCGUGGACUCCAAGUCUUCUACCUCCUCCUCUCCAAAAAGACCAUCAAUGGAAAGAUCAAACAGCAGCAAAUCGAAGGCGGAGACCCCCAAAACACCCAGCAGCCCCUUGACUCCCACGUUUGCCCCUUCCAUCUGCCUCCUGGCACCCUGCUAUCUCACAGGGGACUCUGUCCGGGACAAAUGCGUGGAGAUGCUGUCAGCCGCCUUGAAGGCAGAGGACGAUUAUAAGGACUAUGGCGUCAACUGUGACAAGAUGGCAUCAGAAAUUGAAGAUCAUAUCCUCGAACUUUCCAGGGCUAUCUAUGGGUGUCUAGACCAUCUAGCAGCGGGCCUGCCUACCCUGAAGGGGAGACUCCUUUCUCUCCAGGAAAUGGCCAGUGAUGAGCUAAGGGAACUGAGGAAUGCCAUGACCCAGGAGGCCAUCCGUGAACACCAGAUGGCCAAGACCGGUGGCACCACCACUGACCUCUUCCAGUGUAGCAAAUGCAAGAAGAAGAACUGCACCUAUAACCAGGUGCAAACACGGAGUGCUGAUGAGCCCAUGACUACCUUUGUCUUAUGCAAUGAAUGUGGCAAUCGAUGGAAGUUCUGCUGAUGAAACAGCCGGCCAGGAUGACAGUGAACAAAGUGAAGAAGGACAAAGAGGAAGCAUUAAACUGUCUGAACUGAAGAAAAAAAUAAAAACUAAAAUGAAGAAAAA